UAAAACUACACUGACGGAACAGCCUGAGGACCAAUUUUGUGUGCGGAAGUGCAAAAAAAAUAAGGCAAAAGAAGAAAGGCUACAACAGUUCCUGAUGCAACUCAGAAUCUUUAUUCAGAAUCAGAAACUGUACACUAUGUAGUGUUUUAUACAUGCGGGCUGAGUUGUAGAGACGUUUGUAAAUACACAAGUUGUCCCAAAGGAAAGUUAUCGCUUUUAAGUGACCGGAAUGCGGAGGAGUGCGACUCACGGGGAUGUUGUAAGAGAAAGUUUCAGUCGCUCAUAUUCGUCAGAGGAUAUGGAACAAGCAGCAUCUAAUUCUGUCAUGUCAGGAGAGGCGCCCGGUGGUAGUGCGGGGCGACCUUUCACCAAGCGGUACGGCCCCAAACCGUGGUCCGUCGUCGUGCUGUCGGUGUUGGGCUCCGCCGCAGCAGUGUCCGCCGUGGGCUGUGUCUGCGCCCUCAUCUACCCCAUACUCAAAGAGCUGCGGGCAGAGAGAGUGAAAGGAGAGGAUGGCACUGAAGAGAGGAUGUUGGGUUUUUGGAGUAUCCUGGUGCUCUCAGUGUUAGUGGGAUGUAUCUGCUGUGUCUUCUCGUGGACCCUCACCUACCUGGACUCGUACCAGCCCAUUAUGGAGUUAGGAACCCCGCUGUCACUGGCUAACUUCAGAGAUGUGUCUGGCUAUGGUUUCCACAUGAGUUAUGGUGUUGCUGUCCUUAAUGGCAUCAUGUCCAUGCUCACUGUGGUCUGGAGUCUCACCUGACACACCCUCAGUAGAGAUGAUCAGGUGCUCAGAUACGACACACAAAUAAAGAAGAUGGCUUGAGAAGCUUUUGAACAUCUCAGGCACACAUUAAGAAGUUAAGGGUCACGUAAAUUUUCCCCUCACGGUACAUGUCCCAGAAGCCCUGAACGCACCACCGUGUCGGCUCUGCUGCUUGUGAUUCAAGCUCUGCUUACAGUCGUAGUCCAGGCUGAAAAUGUCUCAAACUUCUUUUCUUAUAUAAAGAAUUCCGAAUCAAUUCAGUUCUGUCCUAAGUGAUGAGUUUGCAACUGCUAAAUGUUUAGGUAAUUAAAAGAGCACAUUGUAUGUGAAAAUAAAGUGAUAUUACCGUCUG